GAUAUUGAAUAGCAGUGCUGCGGCCUAAUCAGGAACAAUGACUAAGACCAAGGGCGAGAAAAUCAACAAAUCGGCGAUCAACGAAGUUGUGACCCGCGAGUGCACUAUUCACUUGGCGAAGCGUGUCCACAACAUUGGCUUCAAGAAGCGUGCGCCGCGUGCCAUCAAGGAGAUCCGCAAGUUUGCCGAGCGGGAGAUGGGAACCACUGACGUCAGGAUCGACACCCGUCUCAACAAGCACAUCUGGUCGAAGGGUAUCCGAUCCACUCCAUUCCGCGUGCGUGUGCGUCUGGCGCGUCGUCGCAACGAUGAUGAGGAUUCUCCCAACAAACUGUACACCUACGUGACCUAUGUGCCGGUGUCCACAUUCAAGAAUUUGCAAACGGAGAACGUUGAGUCCAGCGACGACUAAGCAAAGUAAUUGAAAGCCCAAAAUACGGUUAAUAAAAAGUAAAUUUUUAUUUAGAAAAAAAAAACGAAA